GUUGGUCUUCGACUGCGGUGUGGAAGAGACAGUGAAAGAAAAAUUAGAAGAACGAACGAUGAUCAAAGAUAUUCAUGGAAGAAAAUUGAUGUAACAAACGUGAUUCCUGCAAUAAUUGUGUAAAAUCGAACGAAAAAAACUACAAACUACGAAAAGUUAACUACUACCGAAAAAAUCAUACAACAAAUCACGCCCUAACACAAUGGAGGAAUACGCCCGUGAACCAUGUCCGUAUCGCAUCGUAGACGACUGUGGAGGUGCCUUUGCCAUGGGUUGCAUAGGGGGAGGAGUGUUUCAGGCUAUCAAAGGUUUCCGCAAUGCACCUUCCGGAUUCAGCAGACGAUUGGUCGGUAGUUUGUCAGCCAUCAAAUCCCGCUCACCCGUAAUCGCCGGCAACUUUGCCGUAUGGGGCGGAAUGUUCAGCACAAUCGACUGCACACUGGUUCACUUCCGCAAAAAGGAAGAUCCGUGGAAUUCUAUUAUCAGCGGUGCGGCCACCGGUGGUAUUCUGGCAGCUAGAAACGGUGUCGGCGCGAUGGCCGGUAGCGCCAUUAUCGGUGGAGUGCUGCUCGCUCUUAUCGAGGGUGUCGGUAUCAUGUUCACUCGCCUGUCGGCCGAACAAUUCCGUUCGCAACCGAUCGUCGAGGAUCCUUCGGCCCUGGGAGAUCCAAGUCAAAAUGGGGCCGGUUCUCCAGCGGGUAGCCCUUCCUCAGCGAUGCCGUUCGGUUUCGGUCAGUCCGGGCAAAAUUAUCAGUAAUAAGGAACAUCGUAGGCAUUAGAUGAAACACUCUUUAAAUUUAAAACGAGCGUUUAGAAAAUCGGAUAUUUGAAUGAACGCGAUUAACAAAUCCGGUUAGAAAGAUGCAAUCAGGUGUUAACGGAUAAACAAAAGGCAAUCGUAACUAUUCUGCCCUCCGUUACAGCCUCGAUAUAUAACAUCAAACAAACAACUGAAACCUUUGAUUACUAGCCUCCGAUCGGUUCCAGAGAGCCACUAACUAACCUCCUGUGAUCAUUAGCCUGAAAGUGACUCCCGUUUUUCUUUUCUUUUACAAUUCUCUUGCAGGGAAAGAAAAAGGAAUCGGUUAGGCCAGUUUUGUUAAAGGAUUUUCUUUUCUUCUCCGGUAUAAAGAAUAAGUGUACUGAUGUGCCCGUUUUUGCUUCCGAUGAAUAAAAUUCGUCUUUGCUGACAAGCGUGCGCUCAAGAGUGACUGGAAGGAUCGAACGUGAUGGGUUUGAUUAUUGAAUGUGUAUUUUAGUGUUUAGGGCUCCUAUUAAUUUCUGUGUAAAAUUGAGAACAGGAUAUCACCAGAAUUGGCACCUUCGUGUCUCUUAUCCAGGAACCAAAGGUCGAUGAUAGGUUAAAACAGCAAUCUGUUGAUUCCUCGUUCGAUUCGAGGAGAAACUAAGUUCAAUAGCACCACAAGUUUAUGUAUUUUGAUAUUUAAAUACACCAACUCUAAUACAUCCGUGAUGGUUUGCAGUUCAGCAGCCGGAUUUGCUUUAAACUGGGUGUCUUUUGAAACCAAAUCGUCGCGUAUUAUGUUCAGUUUUCUGUUCAUUUGAAGUCUUGCUUCCUGGUGAAUCACGAUUUGCAGAAGGAUUUUCCUGUUUUGCUGUAUAUAACAAUUGCUGGGAUAAAUAAAACAGUUGAUUUCGAAA